UGUUGUUGAUGUGAAAAGAUUGGAUUUUUACAGUACUUUCAUUAUUUGACUGUCUCAAAAUUGGACUGUGAAAAGAGAGAUUUUUAUGAGUAAUGUGUAAGAAUUUUAGUGCUACUAAUAGUUGUUGUGGGCCUGGUUCUGUGAAAACUGUUGUUAUCAGGAUGGCUUUUGGCUAUUGGAAUUUGGUAGAGAAAGCAGCAGAAAUGGGAAUUUGAAUACUGUUUUCUAUCCAUUUUAGACUUUCUGGGUUUUUCUCCUUUGUUUGGUUUCUUUCUUGGUGGUCUCUUUCACAGGUCAUCACCAUGGACAGCUCUAAUCAGUACUACUAAUUACUGUCUUGAAUUGAAUUCACCGUCAACAAAUAAAUUUGUCAGAUUUUUUCUUUUCCCUUUUUGGCCUUUCUAUUGCUUUUAUUUAUUGCAUCCUUUUUGGGGUUUUAUGGUUUUCAGAUAUUUCUCAUGGUCUAACCGAAGUUGUUAACUUCUGUACAUCAAUAGGGUCAGCAUUUCACAAUUGUCCAUUUCAUCAUUUCUGAAGCAAAUCACCAUUGAAUUCAUCAUCAGCUAGCGUCUCCCUCACUUCCUUGUGAUUCUUGUUGAUAUUUAUUGGUACUCAGUGCAGUUCACUUGGCUAUUUUUAGGGCUUUUGUCUUUAUUCUUGCUUACUGCUUUGCUCUGACACAUCUCCUUUCACAGUUCAAAUCUACCAAUCAAUCACUUGCUAUUUAUACAUAACUUCAUUUCCAAAGAAUUUACUGAUAUCCCAUUUAAGUAAAAUCAGUGGUUCAGAAAUAUAGUUCAAGCUUUGAUCUGAAGUGCUCAGCUUUUGUUUGAUAUCUUUCUCUGUAAUUGAAGAAGAAUUUAAUUGCUCAAUUGAAAGCUAGGCUAGAUGACAGCUGAUGAAUCAACUAGUGCUGUCUGGAGUAGAGAGCAAGAUAAGGCAUUUGAGAAUGCGCUGGCUACUUAUCCUGAGGAUUCUGCAGAUCGUUGGGAGAAAAUUGCAGCUGAUGUCCCAGGAAAAUCCUCAGAAGAGAUUAAACAUCACUAUGAGAUUUUGGUUGAUGAUGUUAAUCGGAUCGAGUCUGGCUGUGUACCUUUACCUAGCUAUAGUUCUUGUUUAGAUGGUUCAACAAGCCAAGCUGGUGAUGAAGGAACAGGCAAGAAAAGUGGCAAUUUGGGACACUUUAGCAGCGAGUCUAACCAUGGAGGCAAGGCUUCAAGAUCAGAUCAGGAGCGGCGCAAAGGGAUUGCCUGGACAGAGGAUGAACACAGGUUGUUCCUUCUUGGUUUGGAAAAAUAUGGGAAAGGUGAUUGGCGAAGUAUCUCCCGCAACUUUGUUGUGACGCGGACUCCUACGCAAGUGGCUAGCCACGCUCAGAAAUAUUUCAUUCGUUUGAACUCUAUGAACAAAGACAGACGGCGAUCGAGUAUUCAUGAUAUUACCAGUGUCAAUACCGGAGAUGUUUCAGUACCCCAAGGUCCAAUAACUGGUCAGACAAAUGGUCCUGCUGCAAGUGGUUCAUCUGCAAAAUCUAACAAACCACCUUCCCAAGCACCUACUGCGGCUCCUGGAAUUGGAAUGUAUGGUACAACAACUAUUGGGCAACCAGUGGGUGGACCACUUGUUUCUGCAGUCGGGACACCAGUGAAUCUUCCACCAGCUGCACAUAUGGCAUAUGGUGUCCGAGCUCCAGUUCCUGGAACCAUGGUUCCCGGUGCACCAGUGGCCAUGGGUCCAGUGACGUAUCCAAUGUCACACACAUCUGCACUUAGGUGAUGUAAUGUGUACUUGCAGAUGUGUACAAAAUAUGGCAGGCUUUAGCUGAUGCUUAUUUGGUUAAUUGGUACUUUAUAGACUUUUAAUAGCCACAAUAAUAUUUGUUUCAUUUUGAAGAAAGACAUGUCCAAGGAGACUGUCAUUUUUCAACUUGCUAGUGAAUUGAAUAAGCCAUAGGAUAAACUACAUGCAUCUGUAUAGGGAGCUAUGAAUGAUAUGGCAGCAUUUAGAUUUAGGUAGCGUUCUUGUUCCUUUAGUGUAUAGGUAUUUCAUGACCAGAUUAGAGGUGGUUAACCCUAAUGGAGUGUUCUGUUGUGGUAAAAGUUGUAAAGGACCCUUGACCUCUCGUAAUUGUUUCAGGUAGCAUAUUAAAUAUGCUAUAUCCCUACCCAGUAAUUUAGUUACUUUAUGGUCAAAACCUGUUUAAAUU